GGACUUAUGGAUCGGAACCCACUCGUUCCCGCGGACCGAAUAUUCGGCCCAGAUGCGGAACGUGGUGAGACCUCGAAAAUGGCCGGACCACGCGGAACCGCUCACCCCUCGCUCUCUCGCAGCCCUCGCAGCCCUAUCGCCUCGCUCUCCCUCCAGAACAGAGGGAGCUCGAUCUGGAUCUGCAGUUGCGGCGGCUUGCAGAGGAAUAGCAGCGGGGCGGCGGCUUCUAGCAGGCUGACAGCGGCAGCAGGCCCAGCACACCAUCCCAAUCUCUAGAUGGCCAAGAAGAUGAACAAAAGAAAAAAGAUGGUUAGGGGAGCUGCUGUUUUUGUUGCACUAGCUACAAUGGCAGUCAUUAUUCGGGCUAUAAUAAGAAAAAGAAGACCACGCAUUACCUAUGGGCCAAUGCAUGAAAGAGAUCGAAUCAGAUUUGAUUAUCUAAACCAAAAAAUAUGGCAAAGUGAUGUGUUGUGCAAAAACAUGUUAAGGUUUGAAAGAGCUGCAUUUUUUAAUUUGUGUAGCAUAAUAAGGGAUCGCAAGUUGCUAGAAGACCGUCCACAUCUUAGUGUGGAGCAACAAUUGGCGAUGUUUUUGCAUACAAUUGGGCAUAACCUUCGGAAUAGGGUUGUGUCAGCCAAUUUUUGUAGAUCAUACGGCACAACCAGCAUCUAUUUUAGAAAGGUUCUUCAUGCCAUAGGCGAGCUUCGUAAUGAUUAUAUACGGCCACCAUCAUUGGAGACCCCCACAAAAAUUGCAGGAAAUCAUCGGUUUGACCCAUAUUUUAAGGAUUGUAUUGGAGCUAUCGAUGGUACACAUGUGCGAGCAGGUGUUACCAAAGAUGUGGAGCAUUCUUUUCGUGGUAGGAAGGCCUUUACAACCCAAAAUGUGAUGGCAGCGGUAGAUUUUGAUCUCCGCUUCACGUAUGUAUUGGCUGGUUGGGAAGGGUCAGCACACGAUGCAACCGUUUUAGCUGAUGCGUUAACGCGUGAGAGAGGCUUACAAGUACCACCAGGGAAGUUCUACCUAGUUGAUGGCGGUUAUGGAGCCAAGCCCGGGUUCUUACCACCUUUUCGUGGUGUGAGGUACCAUUUGAAUGAGUGGGGCAACAAUCCAGUCCAAAAUGAUAAGGAGCUAUUCAACCUUAGGCACUCUUCACUACGGGUGACGGUAGAGAGGGCUUUUGGAUCUCUCAAGAGGCGUUUCAAAAUUUUAGAUGAUGCCAAACCAUUCUUUACUUUCCCAACACAAGUUGACAUUGUUAUAGCUUGUUGUGUUCUUCACAAUUAUGCACUAUCACAAGGGAUUGAUGAAUUUAUUAUACCUGAAGUGACAUGGACCACCCAACCAAUUAGAACAUCAAGGCAACAAGCAAGUGACACUAGGGCCGUGGUAGACCGUAGGCUACAAAUGGCAGCCCAAAUGUGGGAAGAUAGACAACUCAUGUAUGCUAAUCUAUGAGUGUGGCACACUCCAUGUAUUUGUAUCAUUUACUAUAUUUGAACCAUGUAUUUCGUGAUGUUUGGACAACUACAUUUGAAUUUAUUUGAUGGCUGGACAGAUUGUAUCAUUUACUCUAUUUGAACCAUGUAUUUGUGAUGUUUGGACAACUACAUUUGAAUUUAUUUCAUGGCGGGACA